AAUCAAACUUCUUUUUGAAAUUUGAAAUUUGAACUCUAGAUUCAGUGAACUUCAUAGUUAGAUAGAUGUUGUCAUUUUCUCUUGCAGUAUGAACUUGGCAGAAAUGUAAUCACAUCAAACAGGAACAGAACUUUAGUCAGUGACUCCUCUAAGAACUUGUUUCCAAAUCAAUCUCUUGACAGCUCAUUCAUAUCUUGGUAUAGGAACGGGUAGUAGAAUUACAGUUGAGUUUGCAUGCAUUUUGAGUCCAUUAAUUGAGUAAUGAUGCUUAUUUUAGGACAUCUUUAACUGCAUUUCCAAUGAUGACUAAUACCUCAAUAGAUGCAGAACCAGAAAUUUGAAGAUUAGUGAUUGAUUUAUUGAAAAUAUUCAUGUUGAUGAGAUAGAUAGACUGGUUCUCACUUAUUUAUGAUCUAUUAGUUAAAUGCUGAUUUUUUAUAUUUGAUUACUAGCCCGUAACUUUAUGUGAAAUACUUGGAAGUAUAUUCAAGAGCCACUCUCCAUUCACAAAUUUACUGCUGGUAGAGUUCUAUGACAAGGCACGGUUGAAGUUGAACCACUUUUGAUUGUUUUGACGAAAACAAGUGACCAUGGUUUGAAAUCUCAUACCGUGCAGUGUGAGAUUGUUGAAACGUAUCGUUCCAGUAAAUCAUUGAAACUUGAUGCCACUUGACACUAAGGUUCAAAAUCUCGAGUCGUGUUGUAGUUUCAGUCUUUGAUCGAAAAGAUAUUGUUCCAGUAUUGUGCUAAUGCUUGGAUGGUGUUGACGACAUAUUGGAGGUUGAAAGAGGAAGGAGAUGAAACAAAAGGAGAAGAAAUUGUAUGUGUUGAGUGGUAUCGAGUUUCAAUAAUUUAUCAAAAUGAUAUGUUUCUACUGUUUUGCCUAACAUGGUACAAGAUUUAAACUUGCUCGGCACAUACACCUUUCUAUGUUUCAUAUUCUUCUUCAACGUCAAUCCAUUAUCGAUACCAUGCAUUGAAACAUCAAUACGAUACUGAAAUAGUAUCGUUCCCAUCAAAGAUCGAAACUUCAACACAACUCAAGAUUUUGAACCUUGCAAGUGACAAAACGUAAUUCUAUAAUAUAUCAAUAACCAUGGUAUAUCCAUUUGUGCAAUGUCAAUGCUUGAAAUUGCAGAUUAUGAAAAAGAUCAAAAAGUGAUUUAAUUUAAUAGAUGUAAUCAAGUUCCAAACAAGAACUUAGAUACUAAAAAUUUUAAUUUGCUUUUCUCGCAAUAUACUUCAUGAAGAAACUAGUAUCGCAAGAAUUUUUUUUUGAUAGGUAUUAGGUUCUAAACUUCAAAUAGAAUCCUAGAACAAAUAAGUUCCAACUUCAGUAGAAAUUGUUUGUACUCUUGAGAAGCUAUGUGGUAAUUAUGCUUUCUCUUCAACACUUCCAAAUAUGUUUUAAUUAAAGUAAAGCAAUCAAUUUUUCUGUAUCAUAAUUAAAGCAAUUUGAAAACUCUAGAUGACAGACAAACUUAAGAGCGCAAUUUAGGAACUUAGGUUCUGUUUCAUGCUUUUCAAUUUUUAUUUUUUAAUUAUCAAUUGUAUAUUGCUGAUCUUGUGCUAUUUUGAAGAUAUGACACUAACAAACAAAUCAAAGAUAAUUGAUGUCAUAUGGGAACAUUGCAAGAAGUCCAAGUCUAUGGAAUUUAAUAUUGGUCUGUGUUAUCUAAAUGAAACAUUAUCAUGCCGGAACGAGAAAUAAGGUUGCAACUUGUCAAAUUUCAGAUAUCAGAAGUUAGUUUUUGAAGAUUCUCCAUCGUGUGAAAAAAGAUUAUGAUGUUGUGAGGGAAUGAUUUAAUGAACAAGAAAGUUAAGUGCUAGUGGUAAGCAAGAAGUCAAAGAAAUUGAUGCUUUUGUGCUAAAGGGAAUUGAAUCAACUGGAAAGUCAUCAAAUAACAAUGAAAAAUUACAAAGAAAAGAGUCUUUAAAUCAAAUAUUUGCAGGGGCAUCUAUGGUUAUGCUUUACCAUUCAAUUUGAUGAAGUGCAUGUUGUUUAUGGAAAUGUUGAAAUUAGUGGGAGAAUACAGUCAUGGUUUAAAGCUUCCUUUUCAUGAAGCGCAAGUUACUUUUUAAAGAAAUAGAAAGAUCUUGUCGCUGAAAAUCUAAAAUAUACAGAAGAAUACAUAAAGGCAUGAUAUGCUAUAAGUUUGACAGAUGAAUCAGUAAUAGAGGUUGUUCUUUUGCAUUUUUUUAUUGCAAAUAGUUCAACUGGUAAUUUUUUUGUGAUCUAUAGAUUCAUCAGAUGCAAUCAAAGAUGUAAAGUGGAUUGUGCAAUUACUUCAUGAUUGGCUGAUAAGAUAGGUGAAAAGAUAUUGUUCACAUUGUGUCAAAAGGUGCAUCUUAUUUUGUAGCUGUUUGAAAGACUUGGGAGAAAAAAGAACAAAAAAUAUUGUGCUGAAGAGAAGUAUGACAAGGCGGAGGACAUGAAAAAAUGAUUGCCCUCUCGGGUUGGAGCUCGCAGACAGAAAUUGCCUGACAAAGGCAGAAAGCCACAUAUACUGAAGAAAAAAAUAGUUUAAAAAAGUAUUUCAAAUCUUCAAGUGAAGUAGCUCAAGCUUCUCUAGAUAGAUCUUUCAAUAGGGAUGAAUGUCAGGUGCAAAACAGAUUUGGAGCACUGGAAACGUUGAAGCUCUAACGGGGGCCAAAAAAGUCCUGAAACGUCGAAGAACAUCAAAUUACAGGAAGCAUGUUUCUACUCCCUCGAAAAGAAGAAAACUGGGAACCUCUGAAAAUGGAUGCACAAUUAUGAUUCCAACAUUAGGCUAUUAUGAAACUGAGGAAGAUGAUGGCUCAGAACCUCUGUUAAAUAAAGGUCAGAAAGGAGGAAAAAGGAGAAAUUACUGGAUAGUCUUUUGCAUCGAAGUGCACAAACUGCAGCAACUGAUGGGAAGACUCUAGCUCUGAUAGGUGCCAGUGGAAAUGGUGGAGAUCAAGAUGUUGAUAGUUCUGUAAUUUACACGGAGGGUUGCCAUAGCAUGCCACCCUCUGAACUUGUGAAGGAUGCGCAUGAAGCACACCCUUGGCUCUUUCAAAUAAAGAAUAUUGAAAUACACGCUGAAGGUCCUUACGAUGAGAAACCUCUAUCUAUGAAGGAUGCUUUGUUGCUUUGUUACGAUGUGGAGUUAGGAGCUUUUGAAGAUGAAUCUAGCAAUGUGAGGGUGCAGAAUGGUUUACGCAAGAGUAAGACUCCACCAAAUUCACCAGAUUUUGUGUAUAUCUCAGAUGACUAAAGGCUGUGCAGAAAUUGAUUGAUGAAGAAUUCCAAGGAAAAAUUCAUUUAAGAACUUCUAGUUUUCAAAAGAAAGUUGCAUCUGCUCGACAUGACUUUAUAAAGCUUUCUGGUGCAGAAAAUAAGCUUGAAGCUCUUCUACAGGUUCUUCAGCCAAGCUUGGUAAAGGGUAACAGGGUAAUGGUAUUCUGCAAUACUUUGAACUCAUGCUGUGCUGUUGAUCAUUUCCUUGGUGAGAAUCAAAUAUUCACCUUAAAUUACCAUGGAGAGGUGUCAGCAGAAGAAAGGGGAGCAACAAUCUACACAAGAGAGAACCAUGUCAAUAUCUACCAGCCCAUCAUCAGUUUUGACUCCAAAAUUGCACUAUGAUAAUGAUGGGGAUGCUGCUUUACUCACUGCUGUUAAUGAUGAGCACGGGGGUGUCAUUGUUGAAAUGAAGGAUCCCAUGAAUUCUACAGAUUUCAGUAUUUCAUUAAAAGCAUCCUUAACAAAUUGGAAGAAGCAGGAUGGAUUUUUAUACCACCUUGCAGAACUAACUUACUCAAUGCUGGUUCGUUGGCUUCCUAAUACUCAACACACGAUACCUGCCAAUUCCUCACAUAAAUUUGGAAUUGGGGCUUUCGUGAUGAACGAUAACAGAGAGUGGAUGCCAAUUGAGGAGUAUGCAGAACAACCUUUUGUCCGGUAUCAUGAGCUGCUGAAGUAUAUUCUUGAUGUCUGCUUGGCAAAGAUCAACGGAGGCUACUCUGGAUUCUCACUUGUUCAAAUAAGCUCGACUUUCUUUGGCCAAGAAAGAGAGGACUGCCUCUUCCUAAACAGCAGAGACUUCAAUCAUUAAAGACCUGUCGAAUCCUGAAUACAAAUCCUGCAGAGCGACCCUCCCUAGGCCCCUUUUAAUCCGGCUGAGGUUUGGUUCCGGUCACGCUGACUUCUUGAAGACCAGGAUAACAAUCUGGCCAGAUUGGAUCGCCAAAAAAAAAAAAAAAGAAAAAAAAAAAGAAAAAAAAAGAAAUGGCAUAUGAGGGGCUCCUCUAUAGGAUUUGCGUUCUUGUAAAUGUUUGUUUUGGAUGUUUAUUGUUCUCAGCUGCGACGUAUGACUUCAAAAUAAUUUUGUCUAUUUUACACGAAUUGUAUCGUGAAAUCUUUAUUAUUAGAAAUAGGGAUGAUUAUUUGA